AUGGCGUCGCGAGUUCGGUCUCGCCAGUCGGGCUCGUCAUUCAAUCCAUCGCCGCACGGAAAGCCUCAGGAUAGCGCUGAAGAUGAGAAGGCAUCGUUGUUCAACUCCAUCAAGGAGAGAUGGCAGAAGACGGGCUUGGACAGGCCUACCAUUCUCUUGAUGAUGAAAGGCGGCAUUGCACCAACUAUAGCUGUGGCCAUCUAUCAAUCUCAAGCUGUUGCCAAUGAGUUCACUACCGUGGGCUACCUCGUGGCCAUCAUCUCCAUCUUAGGCUUUGCGAUCAUGCCCCGCGCAAAAUUCAUCCAGAUGAUGAUCUUCGACGUCUUGUCUGUCUGCAUAGCCGCGUGUUUCGCGCUGUUGACAAUGUUCUCCGGCGUCAAGGCGCGCCAACACACUGCUACUAAUCACAAAGAUACAUAUAAUUCGUCGGCCUCUGCUGUCAGUGGUGUGUGGCUGUUCUUCCAAAUCUGGAUGGUACACACCUUCCGCGCCAAAUAUCCGCAACUUCAAUUCCCUGUGAUUAUCUAUGCAAUCUUUGCGAAUGUGUCUUCGGUCUACGCUCCGCAAAUGCAGAACAUGGGAUCUGCAAUUUCUCUAAUCAGGCAAUUGCUAGAAGCGUUUCUCACGGGUCUCGGUAUAUCCACAGCAACAUCACUGUUGAUUCUUCCAAUGACCUCACGCCAGGUCGUCUUCAAGCAAAUGGCUGGCUACAUUGGCGGUCUUCGCUCAGCUUUGAAGGCCCACGCUGUAUACUUUGAAUCAUUGGAGAGAGACGACAUCUUCGGUCGCACAGAGACCUUUGACGAAGCCCGUGAGAAAUUUGGCAAGAAAGGCAAGGUAUACAGCCCCGAAGCGGAAGCUAUCCGUAGCGCGGUCCGAGGAAUUACAGAUAUCCACGCCAAGCUCCAUGCAGACCUUACAUUCGCAAAGCGUGAGAUCGCAUUGGGAAAAUUGGGACCUGACGAUCUCCAAACGAUAUUUCGUCAUCUGCGCCAGGUCAUGAUCCCGAUUGUGGGAUUGAGCUUCGUGGUGGAUAUUUUCCAGCGAUUGUCGGACUACAACAGAUGGAAUCAGCCGAUUGAUCCCAAUCUGCCGGUGAUUCCAGAGGAUCUCCGACAGCGCGUUGUUCACGAGUGGAAUGAUAUCAUGAGGGCGGUACAUGAUCCGUUUGCGACCAUGAUCCAGACUAUCGACGAGGGGCUGCUGCAUACCUCGUAUGUGUUCAGGUUAACAAAGCCACCCAGACAAAAGGCUGCUAGGAAAUCUCCAGACAGUGAUUCAACGGAGGGAAACGAAGAUGUGGAGGCCACGGCCGAAAACACUGCUCCCGGGGGAAGGCCUUUACUGGGCACUUUGAAAAGAAACUUGGGGAAUUCCGAAACAUGGGCAGAGGAAAAGGGCAUCAAGCUCCCGUCCGACUUCUUCGAUCACCCUACAUCUCCACACUUGCUGGACACUGAUUUUCUGGAUACUUCCGCCACGCAGAUGGAGCGUAGUCGGCGACAGCUGUUUAUUUUUCUAUACAUGGAACAAUUGUUAUACUCGACUGGUCAAACCGUGCUUGACUUUGUGCGUUAUGCCGAUCAUGUUGAGGCGAAAGGAAAACUUUUGAAGACUCGACUUGUUAUCCCCGGUGGCAAGAGAAUAUGGAAGUGGGCCAAGGCUUUCUUGAACGCGGAGGAAUCGCACGAAGAUGACAAUAUGGGUGACAUUCAUACACAAAACAACAUCCUUCACCUUGGUGAAGCGUACAGGCUUCGCAAAGACCCCGAACAUCUGCCGCCGACUACGCUAUUCGAGAAGUUUGGUGACAAAAUCCGGGUCCUCCCGUGGUUUUUGCGCUCGUCCGAGUCAACCUACGGCUUCCGUGUCGCCUGUGCCACUAUGACUAUUGCAGUAAUCGGCUUCCUACACGACACACAGACCUUCUUUACUUCCCAGCGACUGGUAUGGGCCAUGAUCAUGGUCAACCUCAGCAUGUCUCCCACCUCGGGACAGAGUAUCUUCAGUUUUGUACUGCGAAUUCUGGGUACAACUAUUGCAAUGGUGGCGAGUCUGCUGAUAUGGUAUAUACCGGGUCAAAAGACCCCAGGUAUCCUUGUUUUCUUGUUCAUCUUUGUCACCAUCGCCUUCUACAUCCCGAUCAAGCUCUUCCGUUUCCGGGUUGUAGGCAUCAUCAGCAUCGUCACCACCACCAUGAUCAUCGGCUAUGAGCUCCAGGUUCGCCGAGUUGGCGAGGCAGUAGCGACCUCGAAUGGACAGCCUUUCUACCCCAUCUACCUCUUGGCACCUUAUCGGCUAGCUAUUGUAGCGGGUGGUAUUGCUGUCGCAUUUUUCUGGACGUUCUUCCCCUAUCCCAUCUCCGAGCACUCGGUUCUCCGUCAAAGUCUAGGAGCAUCACUGUAUCUCCUCGCAAACUACUACUCAAUUAUCCAUGAGACAGUCUCCGGUCGCAUGCGCGGUCGGAGGCUCGAGAAAGCGCGACACAAAGUGUUCUCAAAACAGAUGCUCAUGCUAGCAGGCUUGCGGGAAUACUCCGGGUUCCUGCGGUGGGAGGUACCGAUCGGCGGUCGAUUUCCGAAGAAGCAAUACGAUUCGAUCAUUUUAUGUGUUGAGAAUAUUGUGAACUAUCUCAGUCUACUCGGUUACGCAUCCGAUACUCUGAUGAACCUCGGCGACAGCGACGACCCCGCCGAUACAGCCUGGAUGCUUGAUUUCCGACGACUGGUCAACACCGCCAAAGUCACGACGCACGAGGUCACCUCUUUACUUUGUCUUCUCUCGGCCAGUAUCACAAACCGACAACCUCUACCACCCUACCUAAAAGCACCACGUCCGUACAGUUUCACCAAACGCCUAGAGGACCUAGAUCAUGAUAUCCUAAGUCUCCGACAUGUCGCCGAGCCGGGAUUCGCCGCAUUUGCAGUUCUGCAGAUCUCGACCCGGUGCAUUGUCGGUGAUGUGGAUAGGUUACUCCGACAUGUAAAAAGCUUGGUCGGCGAGUUGGACUUCUCUUUCCAUGCUGUCACCACUGGGGAGUCGAUGGCCGCGUCGCGAAUGACCUCUCGGGCGGGCUCGAGGGUGGAUUUGAGCGAAGCUCCGUCGAGAGCAGACGAUCAAGUUAAAAGGGAUUGA